UUGUACACCGUUUCUUCCUGCGGCUGGUCUCGGGGUCGGCCUGCUCGCGGCAGCUGGCGUACUCAUCCCCUCGCCGAUUUGGACUGCUGGAGCUGGCGUCUUCGUGAGUUCUCCUCUCCUCUCCUCUCCUACUGCGCAUGCUUCCGGUUUCGUAUUCAAGAGUCCCCUUGCUAUCCUCGGUCUGAUUUGGGAUCCAUGGACUUCGGUCCGGUUUCGCAUGCUUCCGGUUUCGUAUUCAAGAGUUCUCCUGCUAUCCUCGGUCUUAGGUUUUCUCUGAUUUGGGAUCCAUGGACUUCGAGCCCAGUUGCAAUUCGCCAGACUCCAACGCCAUUCCCAACUCCCCCGAUGUAGAUCCGGCAUUGGGCGAAACAGGUGGCAGUGAGGGACUUCAGAGGAUUGAUGGGGAAUCACAACUGGACUGGGAUUCGAUUAUAGUUUCUGAUGUAUUGGAUGAUGAAGGCAGAGUACAAGUACCAUGCGAAAAUGAGAUAUAUUUUAAUCUUGGACUCAAUAAAGAGGAUGAGGCUGCGAAUAAUAGGUUUUCUGGCAGUGGUACAAAUUGUCAUGCACAAGGAAGUUUGGAUACGGACAACGAAGACCACCAUGAUGAUCAGCCUUGUCAAGACUACAUUCCAGAUGAAAAGAGGGUGGUGUACAAUAGGAUGAAUCCUUCUAUGCAGCCUGGUUGUUUGUUUCCUAACAUGAAAGAAUUUAGGAUUGCUAUGCGACAGUAUGCAAUAAAACAUGAGUUCGAGCUUGGAAUUGAAGUUACUUCGACAACUAGAUACGUUGGAUACUGUAAGGGUGGUGAUUGCCCUUGGAGGAUAUAUGCACGUGAAGAGAAGAAAGGAUUGCCUACUAUUGUGGUAGCUGUACUAGAUGAUGUUCACACUUGCACAUCUAGUGGAAGGAGGAGGACUACUACGCCAACUUGUGGUUGGGUCGCAUUCCACGCUAAACCCUUGCUCAUGAAGAAACCACAAAUGGGUGCUAAAGAGUUACAACAAACACUACAGACAACUCAUAAUGUCACUAUUGGGUAUGAUACAGUUUGGAAGGGGAAAGAGAAGGCUUUGAGAGAGUUGUAUGGAUCUUGGGAGGAAAGCUUCCAGCUCUUGUACUCUUGGAAGGAGGCUGUAAUUGCAGUGAUGCCCGAUAGUGUGAUUGAGAUUGAUGUUAUUUUGGAAGAUGGGAAGUACUAUUUUAGUCGAUUCUUUUGUGCCUUUGGUCCAUGCAUAUCUGGGUUCCGAGAUGGGUGCAGACCUUAUCUUAGUGUGGACUCGACAGCAUUGAACGGUAGAUGGAACGGACAUCUUGCAUCUGCUACUGGUGUAGAUGGCCACAAUUGGAUGUACCCAGUAUGUUUUGGCUUUUUCCAAGCUGAGACGGUUGACAAUUGGAUUUGGUUCAUGAAACAGCUGAAAAAGGUUGUGGGUGAUAUGACACUUCUAGCUAUAUGUUCAGAUGCACAAAAAGGUCUGAUGCAUGCUGUAAAUGAGGUAUUUCCUUAUGCUGAGAGAAGAGAAUGCUUCAGACACUUAAUGGGAAACUAUGUGAAACACCAUGCUGGUUCAGAGCACAUGUAUCCAGCAGCAAGGGCCUAUAGGAGAGAUGUAUUUGAACACCAUGUUACCAAGGUCAGAAAUGUUCACAAGAUUGCUGAGUACUUAGACCAACACCAUAAAUUCCUUUGGUACAGGAGUGGUUUCAACAAAGAUAUCAAAUGUGAUUACAUCACAAAUAACAUGGCUGAGGUUUAUAAUAACUGGGUUAAAGACCACAAAGACCUUCCUGUGUGUGAUUUGGCUGAGAAAAUUAGGGAGAUGACAAUGGAGCUGUUUCAUCGUAGGCGAAGGAUUGGUCGUAAGCUUCAUGGUAUUAUUUUGCCAUCUGUUUUAGCGAUACUAAAGGCUCGUACUAGAGGGUUGGGCCACUUGUCCAUUGUAAAAUGUGACAACUACAUGGCAGAGGUACGAGACAGCACUAAUUGUAUGACUAAACAUGUCGUGAAUGCAGAACUGAAACAGUGUUCUUGUGAGGAAUGGCAACACACUGGGAAACCGUGUCAACAUGGUCUAGCCCUAAUAAUAGCCCAAGAUUCCAGAGAUGUAGGUAUGGAAAAUUUUGUUGACGAUUAUUACUCUACUGAAAGAUUCAAGAUAGCAUAUUCUAGAAGGGUAGAACCAAUUGGUGAUCGUUCGUUUUGGCCAUCAGUUGAUUUCGCCAGUGGAGUGUUUGCACCAAUAGCUAGAAGAGGUCUUGGAAGGCAACGAAAAAAUAGAAUUAAAAGCUGUCUUGAGGGUGGGAGUGCUAGAAAAAAAAGUAGCAACGACAAUGAAAAAACCAAAAAAAGACUCAAAAGGCAAUACACUUGUCCUAAUUGUGGUGAAUUGGGACACCGACAAUCAAGCUACAAGUGCCCUUUGAAUGGGACAAAAAAAAAGGCUAGUUCUCAACUUACUUCUAUAUGUUCAAUUUAUAAUAGUACUGUUGAUCUAAAUGUUUGAGUACUUUUUUGAGUAGGAAAAGGAAACCACGGAAGAACACCACAAAAAAUUGGAUUCCUAAAGAGCUGCGGACUUCUUCACAGAAUGUACCAGAACAGCCAGAGCUUGCAGAAGAAAUCACUGAAGAAGAGCUAGGAGAACCACAGCCAGAGACAGAACCAUUGGGUCUUGCACUCUUCCAGCCACUCGGUGCACAAAUCACUGAACAAGUGGCCGAUGAACAAGUCGAGCAAGCUCCACCUGCUUCUCCACCACCGACAAGGAAAUGGCUAGUGAAGAAAAUCACCCCCAAGAAAAGACUGAGGAUUAGUGCUCAGAAGAAGCAGUAUUAACUGCUAAGAGUAACCACUGUGUACGCUGUAUUUGUUCUAAGACUGCUAUGUAAGACUGCUAAGACCCAAUGUAUUUGUUGUAAGACUGCUAUGUAAGUCUGCUACGGAAGACUGCUAGUCAUCUGUGAAUCCCAGUUUAAGUUCUGUUA